GGAUAUUUGAUUUUUUGUUUUCGUUUGUUCCAUUGAUUAGUUUACAGUUGUUAAAAAUGGUUGAACAGAAGAAGCGUGGUGUCUUGGCACCUGCUCAAGUUUCUAAGCUUAGUAUUCAAAAUGUAAAUGUCAUGCAGAACUCGGUCCACUCUUCCAUCUCCAGGAAGCGUAAAAAUGAUGAGAAUACCAACCCAAUGCCAGCAUUAUCUCGUGACAUUAUUUAUGAAGACCAAGCUCCAGCAUCCAAGCGCUCUAAAGUGAGCAGCACAGUUGACUGUGGCGUGCAGACUGACAACUUGUGCUGUGGUGAUGCUACCAAAACUUCAUCUGGACCAUCCAAGCAAUCAGCACAGGAUGUGUUGGAUAUGCUCACUAGUGCAAAACCUGGCGAGCGAUACUGGGAGAUGGUAGCGUCCGAGCGCAAGGCUGCACUUGCUGUGUCAUUGGCUGAGAAUAAGCAACUACACGCACGUAACUCUGAACUGCAGCUGCAAGUGCACAGCAUGAGUUCCCGCAUUGAGGUGCUGCAGAGUGACAAUGCCAUGCUCGAAGAAAUGCUUGGCGAGGCCAGGAAACUUGCUGAGCUUGUACAGGCAGCAACAGAUGAAGACCAAGAAAAUUUGCAAGACAUUAACCAGGAAGUUGAAGAUCUUUAGAAGUGCAAGGGCGCGGAGCUGUUGUCUCUGGACACGACAGAUGGUGAAGUUAGAACUGCAUACAAACGAUGUGCCUUGCUAAAAAUACUAGUUUAGCUCUCGCCAGUUGACCCAUCCGUGCCCAACAUUCAUUUACAAGUAUUUUGUGACGAGUCCGUUAGAAAAUGGAUUAUGUGUUUGACGCUUUUACUUCUUGACCAAAUAAUGUAGGCUUAGUGGUUGUGAGAUUACGGUAUCACACAAUGUCUGCUCAUAUUUAGCUAUUUUUUUAGUCUUGCGUUUGUUUAGCAUAGCAAUAGUGAACUUUUUAUUGCAAGCUGAUUUUCAGUGUUAGAGUGAAGAUGGGGAAAUUCGAAAAGUUAUAAAUUGCCGCUGUUCACUAUUCAUUCUAUUAAGUUACUGUACUGUAUUUCAAAGUACUGUAUUUAGGUGGAUAACAUUAUACCGUAUGGCGGUGAUUGGUUGAUUUUACUUUUUUUUUUACAUACAACGCAUUUCAUUACAUGCAGUAAUGCGACAUGAUAAAAUAAUUGAUGAUAUCUGGGAAUUAGUGAUCUCAUAUGUUUCCGUAUUGCUAUGGUAAAACAUUGUAACCUACAUAUUGUCUUGUAAUACCAUGUAAGGUACAAAUAGUCUGGUAAUAAUACCAUGUAACUUCGAGUUUAUUUGUGAAAAUAAGACACGGGAAAAAUGCG